AUGAUUUCAGAAUGCCCUCCCUACCUCUCACUACCUUCCUUAUAUUAUGGAAUGGAUUACAAUCCUACCUCCCCUCUCUCUCGCCAGCUCACCAGCUGUGCUGAAACACUCGCAAUCUACAGACCAAAGUGGAAAGCCACAGUGGAAGAAAUAAUAAGUCGUACUGAUCGGAUAUUUGGACCUCCAGAGAAUCGGCAAAGGAAACAACAAAAUAUAACGGUUGGAGAAGAACUUGUUUCAUUUAAUUUGCCUGAGGACUUUGAUAUCACACGCUUCAGAGACAUGGACAAGUAUUACCGUCAUACUACCUCUAAACUAUUACGAUCAGCUACAGAUGUUAUAAAUUACAUACUUCCAGCGAGCUACAGCAAAUUGAAAAAACGGAAACGGAAUAACAACAAGAACAAGAACAAAGAGAAUGUGGGAAACAAUGAUCAUGAACAUAUUUAUCCUCCUACAAGCAUCGAGAGCCAGGAAAAUUGUCAUUCCGCUCUUCACACAACACAAUUUAAGGAACUAACUAUUGAAGAAUUUUUGCAACAGUUCACCAUAAGUAACAACAAUGAGAUUGAUCAUAUUUUGCCUUGGGAGAGCGACGAGAGCCAAGAAGAUUGUCAUCUUUCUCCUCAUAACUCUCUGAAUAAGAAACACAAUGUUGAGAACAACGAGAAUGUGGGAAGCAAUGAUGAAGGUCAUAUUUAUCCUCCUAUAAGCACCGUAAGCCAGGAAAAUUUUCAUUCCAUUCUUCACCACGCCAAAGUUAAGGAACUUUCUAUUGAAGAUUUGAAACAGUUCGCCAUAAGUAACAACGUGAACAUGGACAACAAUGAGUUGUAUCAUAUUGUUCCUUGGGAGAACGAAGAGAGCCAAGAAGAUUAUUAUUUCCCUCCUAAUAACUCUCUGAAUAAGGAACACAAUAAUGAGAACAACGAGAAUGUGGGAAACAAAUAUCAUGGUCAUAUUUAUCCUCCAACAAGCAUCGUGAGCCAUGAAAUUUGUCAUUAUACUCCUCACAACACACAAGUUAAGGAACUCACUAUUGAAGAUUUGGAAACGUUCUCCAUAAGUAACAACGUGAACAUUGAAAACAAUGAGCUUGAUCAUAUUUAUUCAUGGGAGAGCGUCGAGAGCCAAGGAAAUUGUCAUUUCCCUCCUCAAGACCCUCAAAGAAAGGAACACAAUGUUGAGAAUAACAAGAAUGUGAAAAACAAUUAUCAUGGUCAUAUUUAUCCUCCUACGAGCAUCGAGAGUCAGGAAAAUUCUCACUCCAGUCUUCACAACACGGAAGUUAAGGAACCCACUAUUGAAGAUUUGCAAUGGUUCUCCAUAAGUAACAAUAUGGAGAUGGAUAAAAACGAGCUUGAUCAUAUUAUUCAUUGGGAGAGUUUCGAGAGCCAAGACGACUGGCAUUUCCCUCUUCAUCACCCUCGGAGUAAGGAACACAAUGUUGAGAACAAUGACCAUGUGGGAAACAAUGAUCAUGGUCAUAUUUAUCUUCCUACAAGUAUCGUUAACCAGGAAGGUUGUCAUUCUACUCCUCAAGACACACAAGUUAAUGAACUCACUAUUGAAGAUUUGCAACAGUUCGCCAUUAGUAACAACGAGAAUGUGGGAAACAAAGGUCAAGGUCAUAUUUAUCCUCCAACAAGCAUCGUGAGCCAUGAAAGUGGUCAUUCAAUUCCUCACGAUACAAAAGUUAAGGAACUCACUAUUGAAGAUUUGCAACAGUUCAUUAUAAGUAACAACGUGAACAUGGAUAACAACGAGCUUGAUCAUAUUUUUCCUUGGGUUAAGAGCCAAGAAGAUUGUCAUUUCUCUCCUCAUAACUCUCAGAAUAAGGAACACAAUGUUGAGAACUACUUGAACAUAGACAAAAAUGUGCCUGAUCACAUUUUUCCAUGGAAGAUUGUCGAGAGCCAAGAAAAUUUUCAUUUACCUCCUCAUAACUCUAAGAAUAAGGAACUCAAUGUUGAGGAUAAUGUGAACAUGGACAACAAUGAUCAUCAUCAUAUUCAGAGCACUAAAAACAUUGAAGUUGAUCCUAAGAUGAUAAAUGUUUCAAUGGAAUUUUCACAAGAUCCAAAAGAAGCGUUGAUUUAUUUUAUGCCAGAGCGUGAAAUUCCUCAAUAUAAGAAACUACUAAACAAGAAAGGAAAUUCUUCUUCUUAUGCAAACAUUGAGAACGAGAAAAUCAAUCUUGAAGUGGGAGAGAUACCGAUGAAAAAAUUGCAGAAUUAUCUAAAAGUGAUGGCUGAAUUAGAACAUGAUCAAUAUAAAGAUUUGGAUGAGGAGACAGCAAGGAUACUAGCAACUUUUUUCCGUUGGCCUGGGAUUCUUUAA